GUCUGGUAUCCAUCUGGAGCUUGUGAGUUGAGCUCCGUAGGCAUGAUAUAUCUGGAAUACGUGGACAUGCCGAGUUUAACGUGAGGCCAACGAGUGCAAAGGUAGUUAUAUUAUAUUUACACUCCACGAGAAAUAAUCGAAGGCCAUCGAACUACUCGAUUCCACUGACAGUAACAUCCUUUGGACGUACAUUGUACACCGGCAGACAUCUUGUUUUCAUUAAGCCUGAACGGCUACAAUGGCAUAUAAAAUGAAGGACGUACAUUCCGAUUUGAAGUCUGAUUUAGAAACAGUAAUUGGACUGUCCAUUGGUCAAUUUGUACUUGGUAUAUUAUGUGUUAUUUGUGCUGUGAUUUCUGUUGAGAUAGAAUGUUAUCAGUAUUCACUUGGUGUUGCAAUGUGGACUGGUACUUUGUUUAUGACAACUGGUGCAGUUGGAUAUGCUCUGAAAACGGACAUUAGCAGUAAAUUAGUUCGUGAUAGCUUUGUUUUAUCCAUCAUAUCCUCCUUGGGGGCGUGUAUGUUAAUUGGUUAUGGAAGUUUAGCAGCAUGGGCAGACUUCACAGAUGGAAAGAAUUUACAAGGUGGUAUAGAUGUGACUGUAGCUGUAUUGGGACUCGCUGAAUGUUGUGUAGCGAUAAGUUCAGCAAUCUUUGCAUCAAGAUUACCCACUGGUAUUUCAAAGUACGCACCAUUGAGGAUAACUGAACAUUAUACAACUAAGGAUAGAACCAUAAUACUGAUUCCGAUGAGAGGAGAUGACAUUCCAAUGAUAAAGCUUCCAGAAGACCACAAGCUUGUUUCAGUGAAAGUCACUGGAUAAUGAACAAUGUUUUCUACACAUUUUAAGAGCUAUUUACCAAUAAUGCACAGCAAUAUGACUUUAUAGGCUUACUUACCUACUGUAAAUGGUGCUUAUCUAUUAUAGGACCUCUUGCUUUUAUAGUACAGGGUUUUUGUAAAAUUUUGUGGCAAGGGUCUCCACACCGUCAUGUUCACUGGGAGGGUCUACUUUAAUAGUGAUGGUCUGUGAUUUUCAAGGAAAAGAAAAAAUAAUCAGAGCCCCAAAAAAUUAUCUUGAAUAAAAUUCCAUGAAAGGAAAAAGGCUGUGAAAACAAACACACAUGUGGUUGUUAGUGGAGAGUUAAAUUCAUGGAAUAUAAGAGUAAAUAUUAUUUUAUACCAGCUGUUACCUGGAAAAGGAUUUGUAACUGAAACAUAUGGCUUCUUAUUUCAAACCCUGGGAACAUAUCACUGUUGAAUGAAAAGCAUAUAUUGUCAAAAUUUCUACAAGCUUUAUUAAGAAAGAAAAAAACAUGGUUACUUUGUAUUUUAAUGUAAUGACACAAUGUUUAAUUUCAAAUUUUGUAUAUUAUGUUAUGCAGCUUUGAAAAAAUAUUCACUUUAUUGGCAUACUCCAAAAAUUUCUGAAUAUAUAUCCAAGGUUAAGAAUGGGAAUGUUUGUAGAACGCAGUACAUCAUGGUGCUAAACAUACAGUAGUACUCCAUUGGAGUGCAUAUGCAGAUUGUUUUACUAAAUGACUUAUGAAUAAAACAAAGGUUAUAA